UGGAUGUACGGUCCGUCAACAGCUGGCGGCCCCUGGGUGACGCGUAGGCCCAGGAGCGUCGAGCAUGGACGACCGUAGCCUGGAGGAGUUCCGCCGGCGCUGGCAGGAGGAAUUGGCGCAGUCGCAGGCGCUGAGGCGGCGGCGGCGGCCCGAGGCCGGGGAGCGGCGGCCGCGGAGGCCCGAGGCGGGGGCGCGCGGUGAGCAGGCUUCGGGGUACCUGGCGCUGGCGCAGGGUCUGCUGGAGGGCGCAGGCCGACCCCCGGCGCCCAGGCCCGGCCGGUCCGACAGGAGGGAUGCGACCAGCCGCUCGCGCUCACCCCCGGACCGCGACGCCGUGGAGCCCGAGCCGCUGGUGGACCAACUCAUCCGCGACUUGAAUGAGAUGGAGGGGGUACCCUUCUUUGACGUCCAGCUGCCUUAUGAACUGGCAAUCAACAUAUUUCAGUAUCUGAACAGAAGAGAGCUGGGUCGCUGUGCUCAGGUGAGCAAGACGUGGAAGGUGAUUGCUGAAGACGAGGUGCUGUGGUACCGGCUGUGCCAGCAGGAGGGGCACCUUACCCAGAGCAGCAUCUCCGAUUACACCUGCUGGAAGCUCAUCUUGCAAGAGUGCCGCGCCAAGGAGCAUAUGCUAAGAACCAACUGGAAGAAUCGCAAAGGCGCUGUGAGCGAGCUGGAGCAUGUUCCCGAUGCCGUUCUGUGUGAUGUGCGCUCCCAUGAUGGCGUUGUCAUCGCAGGAUACACGUCAGGAGAUGUGAGGGUGUGGGAUACCCGCACCUGGGACUAUGUGGCCCCCUUCCUGGAAUCUGAGUCUGAGGAGGAGGAGCCUGGAAUGCAGCCAUAUGUCUCCUUUGUGAGGAUCAACAGCUCGCUGGCAGUGGCGGCUUACGAGGAUGGGAUUCUUAACAUUUGGGACCUGAGGACCGGGAAGUUCCCUAUCCAUCGUUUUGAGCACGAUGCAAGAAUACAGGCCCUUGCGCUCAGCCGGGAAGAGGCCACGGUUGCCACAGCUUCUGCCUUUGACGUUGUGAUGUUGUACCCUAACGAGGAGGGGUACUGGCAUGUAGCUGCGGAAUUUGAAGUUCAGAAACUGGUCGACUACCUGGAAAUAGUUCCGAAUACUGGGAGGUACCCCGUGGCAAUAGCCACAGCUGGGGACCUAGUGUACCUGCUGAAGGCCGAGGACUCAGCCAGAACUCUCCAUUAUGUCUAUGGCCAGCCUGCCACAUGUCUGGAUGUCUCAGCCAGCCAGGUCGCCUUUGGAGUGAAGAGUCUGGGAUGGGUAUAUGAGGGAAACAAGAUCCUGGUAUAUAGCCUGGAAGCAGAACGCUGCCUCUCGAAGCUUGGCAAUGCGCUCGGUGACUUCACCUGUGUCAACCUCCGGGACAGUCCUCCCAACCUCAUGGUCAGCGGCAACAUGGACAGGAGAGUGAGACUCCAUGACCUCCGCAGUGAUAAAAUCGCCCUGUCACUGUCCGCCCAUCAACUGGGGGUGUCUGCAGUCCAGAUGGAUGACUGGAAGAUCGUCAGUGGGGGCGAGGAGGGGCUGGUGUCUGUGUGGGAUUACCGCAUGAACCAGAAGCUGUGGGAGGUGCACUCCAGGCACCCUGUGCGCCACAUCUCCUUCAAUAGCCACAGCCUGAUCACUGCCAACGUGCCCUACGAGAAGGUGGUACGGAACUCAGACCUGGACAACUUUGCCUGUCACAGGAGACAUCGUGGUCUGAUCCAUGCCUAUGAGUUUGCUGUGGACCAGCUGGCCUUUCAGAGCCCUCUUCCUGUCUGCCGCUCACCCUGUGACACCAUGGCUGGGUACAGCUAUGACCUAGCACUGUCUUUCCCCUACGACAGUGUUUAGGGUGUCACCUCUGUAGGGCAGCUCUGCAGCAGAGUGGAAGUUUGGGAACAGUGCCUCUCCCAGGUGGCCUAUGGCCACACAGCCUCGGGAGCCACCUGAACAGAGCCUCUCACCUAGGGCUUGGGGAGCACGCGCUGAUGAUUCAAGAGCUAGCCUUUCCCGACGGCUCCUGCACCUCAGCCUAUGACAGGAGCAACAGCUCUCUGUUCCACACUUGAGGGACGCAGGGCCUUCACCUCCCUGGUCUCCUGUGUGUGGUGCUGACCCCACCCUAGUCCAGCCUCCUCUGUGGUUCUCACACAGUUCAUAUAGACCCUUACCUGUGUGAGGACAGUCCUUCCACGGGCUGUUCUGUCCAGUAUAGGGGCUGCAAAGGAAACAGCCAUCCUUCCCUGGGCAGGGAAAGGCUCUCCAUGGGGAUGGGGAUGGUUUGUGGGCUCAGUUCCUGAGCCUAGCUGGUGGGAUCUCUUCUCUCAUCAACCCAAGAGCAGCACAGUGCUCUUGACAAACAUACAGCAACCACAGCUCCCCCACUCUGCCUGCAGAAUAUCACAGGCAGAUCUCCACACCGUGGUCAGGAGACCCCGUCAGUGAAAACAUUUGUGCGCAGACUCAAAUUCCCGUUGACCAGGCAACUAACACGCCUGUGCAGAGACCCACCCCACUCAGGCAGAGUCCCUAUCCCAGCGAACACCAGCUCAAAAAGCAGUAUAAUAAACAAGUGUACCAGGACACUCCACAUUGGGUCUGCAGAGGGCAAAAAGGCAUGGAGUGGGUAGGCUUCAUGCCCUGGAGACCAAGGUGGUUUAAAAAAAUAAAAAGGGAACGAGAGGGGCUGAGAGGGCAUGCAUCUUCAAAGGGAGUGGGGCUAACCCACGUUUAGGCCAGAGCAGUACUGAGUGCAGCCCUGAGAAGUACUCACCUUCCCCGUGGAACUUGGGGCCUCGUAUGCAUGCUAGGCAAAUGCUCUGCCACUGAGACACACCUCCAACCAAUACGUGGCUACGUGGCUUGAAGGUUUCUCAGCUUAAACAUUCAGGAGGCCUCAGACCCCCACUGUCUAGCUGGACAGGUCACAGAGCCAGCUAAAGCUUGGCGUGGCCUCCUUGCAGGCCCCUCCCUCCCAGGGAGGACUUUGAACCACACUUCAGAAGCGCCGCAGGUGGCACCUCACCUCCAUCCUGCUGGGCUGGCUCCCCCUGCUGGCUGGUCUUGCUAGGUCUUCUCUCAGGCUUUCCCAAGCCUGCAUCAUGCCACUGAGGAAACUCUUGGUCACCACCAUGAAGGCCAUGGGAGCGCUGGAAGAGCAGCAGCAGAGGUGACUGGGGUGGAAACAGUACACCUGCCAGCAGCUAGUUUUGAGCAUACCCCGCCCCCGGCCCCAUUAGGAGAAGCACCUGGGCUUCAUGACAGGGUGCUUAGGGACAUGGUUCCUUACACAGCAGCUCUGUGGGUGUCCUCUGCUGUCAACUCAGCCUCCUGGGAAACCCACACACACACCAGAGCAGCAGACCUACCCAGAGUCUGUCCCCACCGGCUUCUGGGGUUGCUGCCGCUGCACCUGCUAGCAGGGUGGGGGACAAGUGGUCUCCCUUAGCUGCCUCGAAAGCCAGGAGACACCAGGACACACCCCUGGGAUCUAGAGGUGGCCGCAUACCUGCAGCUUGCUGUUUGCCUUACGCGGCCACAUCUGCUCUGCUAUUAAAGGCUCUGACUCA